CGCUGGCAUUUUGUCUGUCGUCGGGGGCGCGGUGCAGACCCGGCUCCUUCCGGCCGUCCAUGCUCCAGCUGCUUCCCCCCGGCGGGGAGGCCAGGAGGGACCUUCGUUAUCCAGGCUGCUGUGUUGCUGAAAACCAUAACUAGCUGACUCCGUCUUCCAGGCUGCGUGCUCCAUGCUUUGAGACCAAGAGGACCCUGGUGCUCUGAAAUGAAGAUGGAGGCGGUGGGAAAAGCCGAAGAACUUUUGGAUUCAGAAGUUCCACCAAAGGCUGCUGAGAAGCAGGAAGCUACUCCCGAUGAAGAUGGACCUACAGAACUGGAGACGCAUACUCAGAAAGAUGGUGCGCCCACUGCAUCAGACUCUGCAGUGCUCUCUUCGAUGCCGUGCUUACUGAUGGAACUGAGACGAGACUCCUCGGAGUCCCAGCUAGCAUCUACAGAGAGCGAUAAGCCAGCGGGUGGUCAAGUUUAUGAGAGUGACUCUUCUAAUCAUUGCACGCUUUCUCCUUCUUCCAGUGGGCAUUUGGCUGACUCAGAUACGUUGUCUUCCACUGAAGAGAAUGAGCCCUGUCAAGCUGAAGCUGCUGUGGAAGAAGACCCUUCUGGGGUCUCUAGGGCUCCAGUUGCGAGAAAAUCUAGGCGAUCCAGGUCCGAAAGUGAAACUUCAACAAUGGCUGCCAAGAAAAACCGACAGUCUGUCGAUAAGCAGAAUGGUCGAGUUACCAAGACAAAAGGUCACCGAAGCCAAAAGCACAAAGAAAGAAUUCGGCUGUUAAGGCAGAAACGGGAGGCAGCUGCUCGCAAGAAGUACAACCUGCUGCAGGACAGCAGUACCAGUGAUAGUGACCUGACGUGUGACUCGAGCACGAGCUCAUCAGAUGGUGGCGAAGAGGUUUCAGGGAGCAGCAAGACAAUCACUGCAGAGAUACCAGCUGGCUUCAGUCGUGCUGGGGGAUCUGGAGGAGCGACCAGGGAAAUUCCAGGAUUGCUUGACAGGGGCACCGUGUGGGAUAGGAACUGCAUAGGCAAUGUCCUGGAAGAGGCCAUGAACUGCUUUGCCGAAAUGCAGAGGCAGACAGAGGAGAAAUUUCGCAUGUGGAUAGAAAAGCUAACCCGUCUUGACACGGAUGAAGAAAGCAAGCAGCAACUGGAGCCCAGGGAACCUAAAAUGCAACUAGUUGGCCAAAGAGUCCCCCCUACCACACAGUCAGGGGCUUUCAUACAGAUGCCUGAUAGCCAAGUACUUCCUCAGCAGUCGUUUAACGCUUAUGUGGGCUAUCAGAAUGUCGAUGCUACGCUAGAGUUUCCAGCGACUUUUAAUAACAAUUUUCCACCUAUCUUUCCAGAGAAUGGGAAUAUUGCAGAGCCUGAUUUGAAUCAAUCAUAAACUCAAAAAUAAUAAUAAUUAUAUAUAUAUAUAUACAUAUAUAUACAUCUCGUAUCUUUGCAAUCUCGAUGUUACUUUGGAUUAUGCUAAAAACAAGGUUUGCUUUUCAUAUUUAUUUGUUUUGUUUUUUGAUCACCAUGGCAACGUUGUUUUAAUUUAUAGAGAAUAUAUAUGUAGUUUAAAUUAAAAAAAAAUACAACAACAACAAAAAAACAGAAAAAAAAACAGGAAAAAAAAAACCAACAAAAAACAGAGAACAAAACACAGCAUACCUAUGUGCAUGUGCCAGCACAGACACCUGUAAAGGGAAUGGGGGGGGGUGGGGAAAUGCUGUAGGCUUUCAUCUCCUGACUUGGGAAGAUAUAAGUUAGAAUCCUCGUUUAAAUACUCCAAAAGCCAUAGAGCUGCGUUUGUUACAAUAGGAGCGUUUAGACUGUUCAUGCAAAUGCUCUUCUUGCAUGUUAAAACAUUUAUAAUAAGGAAGUAAGUUUUACGUUUAAAGGUGUACCCUAGAGGACCAGACUUAGAUACAGACCCAUAACAUUUCCUUAACUCUGUGCUCACUCCCAAGUUCUGCAGCUUGAAUACGGCACACAUUGCUUUUUCUUCUUCCUUUUUCAGGCAGAAGUAAUAAAUAAGCUUACCCUUAAAGAUCCAGCUAUCUAUAACCAAUGUGAACAACUGACAUUUUGUCUCCCGUUCAGUAGAUCAUUUCUGUCCGGAGUUUUUAUUAAUGUCACUGCUGUGUUGCAUAUGGCAUAUUUAUGGAAGCAGCUGUCUUUUACAGCAUGUGCAAAAAAUAUGCACAUGUAUACAUAUGUGUGUGGUCAGUUUGGGUGGAAACCAUCUCUUAAGUUUAGGUAUCUGCUUUGCUAGUUCUGCGGAUCUCUGGGAAGAGAGAAGCACCUGCAGAGGAUAUCCCCUGACAGCACCUUCCUCUUCCAUGAGUUAUCUCAGCUCCCAAGCAGAUAAGAUAACUUUGGGCUAGAGUUAGGCGAGAUGAAUCACACCCAGAGUACGUGUGUGUGCACGCAUGACCCCUGCACACAAAGCACUGUUGCUUCCUUAUGUAUAUACAAGCAAUCUGCAUCCUUCAUGCUGCAAUACAAAUAGCGGUGUCAGUCCUGAGGUAAGCAGCCAGUGGUGGACGGGUUGGUUCUUUGCACAGGGGUUAAAGCAAAGGUGUGACAGACAGGUCAGUAAGCACUGUGCUGGUCCAAAAGCGUGGUUUGCUGUUCUGAGUCAGAGCCAAAGCUUCUGAUCCAUGUUGGAAUGCCACUGAGAUGGUUAUUUACCUGUGACUGGGAAUGCCAGGGCAUUUAGUUUCAUUUAAAUAAUACGAUAAUUUGCAAUCGUGUGGAUUAUUUUUUUUUUUUGUACUGAUAGUUAUCCUGAAUAGGCAGGCUCAAAACUGUGAUGUUUAAAGUAGAAUUAAUUUAAAAUAUAUAUUAGAAACCUCUAUUUAAUUCUUACUGCUAUCGCUACACACAGGGAUUGUCGUUCACCUCUCCAGCAAGGCCUUCCUUCACGUGAAGUAACUUCUCCAUACCUACCAAAAAUGUGUAUUCCUCAUCAGUUAGAACUUGUUAAACGAUUCUAAUGCAAAUAACAUAGAAAUUGUGAUAAAGGAAACGGAGGGUCUUUGCAUAGGCAUAGUUUAAGUGAAGAGAACACUGUAAGUCUCUCUAGGCUCCAUUACUUUGGUUCUUAUACAUCAGUCACCGCUGAUAGUUUAUUUCUUAAAUUAUUUUAGUGCAGUUCCUUUUCUUUCUGUUGGAGUUUAGCACUGUGUCUUCCGCUGCUCUUCAUUUCUUCCUUCCUGAAGUAGGCAGGUGUUUGUAGGUUUGGGAUCAAUCCCAUAAAGGAAAACCAAUAAAUGCUUUUUACUCUCAGCGUUAACACAGUCAUGGGUGCUUCAAGGUUGUUAUUUUCUUCCAUUUUUUAAUUAAUACCUGAUGCCUUCAUUAAAAGAGAGCUUAGAGAGCUGUGUUACUCUCAGAGGACCUGCCUGGAGGACUGUGCAGGAGGUGACUUUUAAGGACUGGAAUAAAUUCCUUGCAGAUGACCUUGGUGCAUAAUUUUGAUACAAAGAUUUUGAUACAACCUUAGGAGAAAACUCCCUCAUCUGAAAUGGUCUGCGUUUUUAACUGACCUGUAGGUAAGCCUCACGUGGGUUAAUUUAUGUUAAUUGCCAUUUAAUACACUUGUUUAAAAUCGAGAUCCUUUCAGGGAAGAGAAUUUACUGCUAUGAAAAAAUAAUAAUAAUAAUAAUAAUUAAAAGUCCUUCUGUUCAUAGAUUUGCUAUGUAUACCUUUAUGACAAUGAUAAGAGCAGCAUAUUUCAAAGCAUGACAACUUUACAAGCCUUCCCAUGCAUGCAGAAGCAGCUUUUUGCAGUGACUGCUUUCUUUCCACGCGCAGGCAUAGCUUUGACUCGGUGUCUCUGUAAGCAUGCCGCUAACCUUUUUUUGAUAAAUAAAAAUAGUAUAUGUGGAGAAAUUAAGUAUUUCCAAACAAAUUUCGUAAGGGGAUCUGCUUGAACUUAUUUUUUUCGCUCAGAUGUAAACUGGCUUUUAUGUACUGAUCUCAUAAAUGGAGAUUAACUUUGGGGAUGUAGCCAGUGAAAUCUCUGCCAACCUUCAAUAUCUUGUUUAGUAUGUUGUUUUUUUUCUUUUCUUUCUUUCUUUUAAAAAUGGAAACCACAUACAUCAGAGCCUUCAGCUGUCCUGACUCCCUACAGAGCACAAGUUAGGGUGUGUGAGGGAAUACCUGCUCUGUUGUAGGGAUGAGGUCCCCGUUGUCUGCUCUGGCAUCCUAUGGUCUGACCCGGCAGGAGCAUCCAAAGUCUUUGGAGCACCAUAAUGCAGUGCCCUGCAGGCAGCAGUGCUAGUGCUGUCAUGACUCUGUGUGUGUGUCAGGUUGGGCAUCUCUUUGAGCCAGCAGCUUUCAGGGCUCCUGAUAGGUAACUUCAGAUUUUUGUUGUUAUUAUUUUUGUUCUGGAGGACUGGAAGUGUUCUUGCUGUAGUACGUGACUGCGGUUGGUUUGUCGUGGUUUCCAUUUUAGGCUUAUUUUCAAAGGGCUUUCACUAGAAACUUUCAGGGAGUUAGAACCUCUUUAGCUGAAAUUUUAACGUCAGUUCUGAUCUCAUCCAUUCAAGUGCUUCAUUGAAGGAGUCCACCUUUAAGGAAAUAAUCUCUCACUCCCACUUGGAGAUAGGAUUUGAAUGUCCGUGUAUGUUCACAUCUCAACACGUUGCUCCAAAACCACUGAGUUUAGCAAGCAGAAAUGAGUAGGAGUUUUGCUCGGAGGUGGGGAAUCAGAUUUGGAAUUUUUAUAUUUUUCCUACAUUUUAUACAUCAGAAUGGAGCGAAGAAACAUUUUUGUUAUUGCUUCUUAAAUUUAUUACUUGCAAUUUUAUGGCUUGGAAAGAGCAAAUGCAUCAGGCUGGAUCAGCUGGUGCAGACAGGCAGAGCUCCAGUGGCCCAUUCAGAUUCCUGGAUGACCAUUUUUAACAUCAAAUUAUGCUGAAUUUUCAGGGCUUAAUUAGGAAAUAAAUACAUGGUUUUUGUUUUCUUUUUUUAAAGCAGUGCACAGCAUUAAAAAAAUAAAAAUAAAAAUUCCAAGUCAGUAUUUCUAUUGCAAAAAGUGGGGGAAAAAAAACAACAACCACCCAGCAACCCAACAGCUUAGACCUUUGGGCAGACUGUUCUUUGGUGUGAGGGCAGAAUGAUCCAGGUAGAGGUACACACCUGUAUUGAACUUCAUGGUGUCCUGUAGUGCUGUUGCAGGGUUGUUGGGUUGCUUUAUUGGAGCUGCUAAACUCAGGAGCGGAGGACCAAUCUUGACUCCAACGAACUGGGGUUAUACCUGGUGGUUACUUUGCAAACUGAAGCAUAUUUAUGUUGUGACAGAUGUUUCUCGUUGAUGUAUUUUGUUUCUUCCUGUUUCUCAUACUGUAAUUGUCACCAAAGGAGUCGAGAGUUAAAUCCUAGCCCCAUUAAAACCAGUGGAAAACUUCUACCCGUUUCAAUGGGGCUAGCAUUUCACCUCAUGAAAAGCUGAACUUGCUGAGCAGCUUUUUGGAUGCAGGCUGCUUUAAGGGACCCCCUGCCCGAUGGGAGGUGCAAGGUGGGAUCCCUGUAAUGAUGGAGGUCUCCAUUGGGAGCACUCGAACGACUUGUAGAAGUGAAAUCCUCAGGCUUGUUGAUGAGGAUGGACGGUGCUUUGCAAAAACACAAAGCUGGAAACAGGUUUUUCUGACAGAUUUUAAUAGUCUCACGGUGUUGGAUCAGCGCAACGAAGGCACAUGGAAAACAAGCUUAUUAAAUUAGAAGUGAUUUUGAGAGCUGUGUUAAAUCUCAGGCUCGCCAGGCAGCAGUGAGCCUGGAUCAAGUGCUGUAUUGAGCCCUGCUGUGAGAGGAUGCAGUGUGUGCUCCCCAGAUUUCCAGCUCUAAGGAUUAUGAUUCCAAAUAGUGAUGUUUUCUGAAGAGGUGCAUCUGCUCACCUGCCCUGUGUGGCUGUAAAUUGCAUUCACACAGGGGUAUUCUGCUCUCAUAGCGAUGCAGGAGCUUGGUGCGAGUGCUGUCGCAGUGGAAGAGCUCUGAGUGAUACAUCUCCUUCCACAAUUAGGUGCUCAUUAAGCAGCACCAGUGAAAACAAGCUCUGUCUCCGUGUGAAGCACACACUGCUGAUAUUCUCGGCCAUCAGCCACAUGCCUUUGAACGCACAGUGAGAAUAACUCAGUGUCCCUCUGUGCAGUUUGGUGAGACGAAUCCAAGCUAUUUUCCAUCUGCUCAUCAAAAAGCCUGAGAGAAUGUGAAUGUUGGUCAGCAAGACUUGCGUUUGAGAUCUCUUCUGGUGUGAUGCAUUAUAAGCAAUCCAGUCUGAGAACAGACACUUGAUCAUGUUGUUUUAACUUCACUGUUCUGUAGUUUACUGUGUGAAAUGAAGGAAACUGUGAAAGAAACUGAUUCAUUGAUCCUUUUUUUGUUGUUGCUCACCUUAUGAUUUUAGGGAGAAUGUUGUUACACUACUGUUGUUUUUCUUUUUAACCGUAGUGACCAUGUAUCCUUCGCCUAACCCUGUACAUUUUGAAAUGUAACUCCUGUAACCUGGAAUAAAUAAAUAAACCUAAAUAGCAA